GGCACACAUUUUGUGUGUGUAAUUUUCUGUGUAAAUAAAAUUGAACUGAAUUGAGUAUGGCUUGGACGUGCGUUUACACUAUAUGUUCAAAACCAAAAUAUCGAACCGUAAUUUUUCACUGACAGAAAGCUGGAGUGAGAUGCGUUAUUAAAUGAGAUAAUCAGAAGCGGGGAAACACCCAGUGGGAAAUGAAUCAGAGGUCAUGUGACGAAUCAGAUCUGCAUAUUGUUGGCUGGCUGAGGAUCUUAGGAAACGGAGUAUUGUUAUUUGAUGCAGGUUGUGACGUGAUUUACAGUCCUGGGAAAUGAAGUUUGUGUUUAUUAAGUGAGGCUGGCAGUGACAUGACAGAUUUAGUUAUCCAGGGAACAAAAUCAGACAGAAAACAAAAACUAAUAUCCUUCAAGAUGCAUAAAAGGUUUGUUUAACUUUCUAUUCAUUCUCAAGUUGAGUUAUUGGUUUAAUUAUUGCUGAGUCAUGUUGCUGGAUAACGAAAGGAUUUUAAGCAGCUAUGUGUUUGAUCCUUUAGAGAAAUAUGACGUGAUAAAAGUUGAGAUAUUUGCUAAAUAAAUAGAAUUAAACCAAGUUUUAAGACAACUUCUUUGCUCGUAUUUGUAUUGUGUUUCUGUUUGAUUGCAUUUACAUGAACUCUAUUCUAAGGAAUUUUCAGCAUUUUAGUUACAAAUGUAUUUUGUUAAAGGUUGAAGUGGAUCCAGAGCCAAUCCCAAAAUGCUAGGCAUGGGACACAAAUACAGUCAGGAUAAGACACCAGUCCAUUGAACACAAUGCCCACACACAAUUACACCAGUCCAUGUACUGACAGUGGGAGGGAAUGAGACCCAGAGGAGGGACACAGGAACAUUUAAAAUCUUUUGUAAAAACUGUCAGUUUUUAGCUCUCUUAGUGAGUCCUCUGCUGUUAGGUUUAGGAAAUCUUAAUCUUAAUGAAUUAUAAUCAUGUCUGUCUUCUCAUCAUACUUUCUUUAUGUAUAUAGCUCAAUGGUCUGUAUACACUUUAUGUCAACCUGAGCUUGAGUUUAUUUCUUACUAAAUGUUAAAUGAUCAAAAUCACAAAAAACCUUAAAUCUUGGUGAAUAUUUUAAGAGUCAGAUCAGGUUGGCAAACAGGUUUCCUACUUUCAGUUUUAUACAUUUCAGCUCAUAAUACAAGUCAAUGAUAAAUGCAAAUUCGAUUACUUUAAUCUGACCUAAUCGUUUUUAUUUCCUUUAGUGGUUUCUAGUAGUUUAAGAUGAAAUAUUUAUGAAAACAUGAAAUAUUCCAUUAACCAAUCUCAAGUACUUUUGCUGCUAUUGGGAACUGACAUGAGAAUGUAAAGUAGUAGCAAAUGAUCUGUCACACAUGAAAAGGGUGCUUAGUGAAACUGACAGGAACGGAAGACAUGUUAUUAAUUUCUUGCACUGACCCUUGUCAUACCAUGUGCAUUGUAAGAGCAUUGAGUGAUGUGCCCAAAGUAUGCUCGGAUGUUUCACGCGACACUCAGGUAUUUAUUUAUUUUGAAGAUUAGAGUGCUGGAGGGCUGCCCAUAAGCUCUCCAUCUGUUCGCCAUUUGCUGCUUUUUACACACCCAAUAUUCACACAGAAGAAAGAGCUGGCCCCUUUCAAAAGACUUGGGUCUAUGUCUCUCUAUCAAUUCUUUUCUGUCCCUCUCUCUCUCUCUCUCUCUCUCUCUCUUUCUGGCAAACAUCUCCUCUGGUUUAUGUCCUCAGCUUGUGAGAUGUUUUACUUUGGAAUGGCUUCCAGAGGGAAUCAUUCUCCAAUGUGAUUGAAGACUUUCCUUAUUAGUCAACACAGCUGAAGGCCAUGCGUGCUGUGGUGCUCGUGCCUUGCGCAAUACAGGAGAAAUCUAUGAGAUGCAUCCAGAUUAAAGCACAAUGCCCUCGGCUUAUACGUGCUGGCAGGUCACAAUGCAACUUCCAUCACUGCCAUUAUGACAGGUUGAAAGUUGGCAACUAAACACCAACACCUGGCCUACUAUUGUAUUUGUGAGACGGAAACAUACAGUAGUAAUAAGGUCUAAGAAGCCUCUGGACAGCAUGCUCUGCUUGACCUGAGGGGGGAACGCCAGGGCAAUGCCGCAAGCGAUUAGUAAGACAACAGUAAUCUGAGCUAGUGUGUGAUCGCUGGUCUGUCUGAGGUGGAGCCUUGGACACAGGGAGGAGAGAAGGAGUGCUACCAGGAGGAGCACACAUAUUCACACAGUCUAAUCCUUACACUCCAAUACACUCAGAUAUUUACAGAGGCUUACAGCCUAUUCUGUGAAUGUAUCCAACACACCAAAGGAGAUGCAGUGAGGGUGUGCAAAGCUCUUCUUACUCACUGAGAUGACCGAUCUGCCUUUUUUGAUUGAUAUUCCUUUUUAAGUCCCAACCUGUAUAAGUGAGGACUCAUCAUUUACCUACCUAAGAAGUGCCCAGGACACCAGGAUUUAUACACACUCUAGUGCUUUAAAACAAACACAUGCUGAAUAAGAUUAGAAAACUGCACUCUGCUAGCCCUGGACAUGCCUAUGCUGAAGGAUGUGGAAGAUCCUAAAUUUCCUCCAGGGUAUCCUGACUCAUAUGAAUGAUGUAAGCACUCAAGAAAAGUCUGGAAACGGCGUUACCAUGACAAGGAAGCUUCAGUAGUAAACUGUGUCUACAUUUAUACUUCCAGACAACCCAACCCUUCCCAACCCAACCCAACCCAAACCAGCCCAGACGAGCCCAGCUUAGCCAGGGGGUUCCUUCCUUCCACAAUACAUGGAGGUAAAAGGCGCCGGGGGAGCAUGAUCUAUGGUCCCCAAUCCUGGCUUAAAGCACAAAAUGAGGGAUUUCCCCUCCCAACCUCUCUCCUGAGGUCAACACAACACAACGCCACCCUGAUAAGUCCGACUUAGCGGGGCACUCGAGUUUCAAUGCUCCACGCUGUUCUAAGAUGAAGUUAUGGAAAAAGGCCAUUUUUGCCUUUAUACUCCUUAGUGUUGCUCUCUCACUUCUGCUCAUCAUAACAAUGAUACCUGCUGGGUCCUGGGCCUCAGCCAUGUCUGUACAUCCUUCAACAAUAACACCAUCACCAACAUUAUUAUCUUCAUCUUCGCCCAAGUCGACCAGUCAUCAGAGGGUGGCCAGAGCAUCUGAGGACAUGGGUUCUCUCCUAUCUGAGUUUUCAUAUCUGCUUCAGAGCUUCACUGAGGGUGAGCUGCAGAGGGUGAUCAGGUCACUGGUGGACAGGAAAGUUGGGAGAAGGACCAAGCGUGCGAAAAGCAUAGAGACAUGCUCAUUGCACCAGGUGGUGCUAACAGUGAGCGAGCUGGGCCUGGGCUAUGAAAGUGACGAGACAGUGCGCUUCCGUUACUGCAGAGGGAAGUGCACCAGGCGCCUCGGCAACUAUGACAUGGUGCUGAAAAACGUCAUCCUGAGCAAAGCACCUGAGAAAGACGUAACCACUAAGGGGAACACUGCUAAGAAAGAGAGGCCACCCUACAGCCGCUGCUGCCGGCCCACCAAAUACGAGAACAUGUCGUUCUUUGACAAUAAGGCAAAAUUCUUCACAAUUCAGGACGUGUCAGCCAGAAAGUGCGGCUGUGUGUGAUGACACUGCACGGUUUGCUGAGAUGAUUGUAGCAAAUGAGUACACCACAGUGAUGGGAUUAUUUAAGCAAUUAAUAUAUGUAUAUGUAUGUAUGGCGGGGCUUCAGAAAGAGGCUGGAAUCAAUGAAGUGGAAGUGGAAGGUGAACCAAAUCUCACUUGGAGUGUCCAUGCUGGAUCUAUGCAUUUCAUAAUCCAAGCCACAGGCCUCUGGCAGUGCAGAAGGUAGGAAGUUUUGUCGAGUAUGCUUUUAAGGGAUUCUGCAGAGUCUAAACUUUGACUCGGAGUCAAAGCUUUUGACCUUAAGAGAAAAGCAUUUUCGGUGGCAUCAUUUGAUGGCAACUUUCAGUGCUACACAACACUGGCCUUUUACUGAAGACAUGAAAAACUGCAAUAGUGAAAAAUCCAGAAUACUUCUUUUUUUCCAUACGGACAGCAGGAUAAAAAAAAAAGUGUGUUUUUUUGUAACAAAUACUAUAUGUAUAUUCAAGUAUGAAGUUAUCCUCAGCUACCUCAUUUGUAUUUGGUUACAGAAAUAUGCAUCACACCAGUUCCCUUGUGGUCAACUAUUCAUUGACACAAAUACAGUCUUCUCAGGUCAUAUACUGUAAAUAUCAGCAUGCAUUGUUACUUGAAGUGAAAACCCAUCAACCGACGCCCUCAUUUCAUUUAAACUUCCCUGAGAUUCACAUAAUCCCCAAUCCAAAUACAGAAUUGGAUGUCUUUUCUUCUCAGACACGUCCGAUUUCCGUGUAGUAGGUCAUGAACACUGUGAUGUCUUAGACACCUCUAUUAAUGUUAUAAAAUUUACUUGUCUAUAUUAUCUGUCAUAUUGAUUCUGAAAUAUCCAACUAUCAAUCGAAUGUGCUGCUUUUUAUAGACUGUUGUUACCUGAAAGUGUGUAGUUCACUUAUACCUUAAAAGAUUAAUUCUGCUCAUGAUUCUUAAAGACUAUACCCUAUUACAUUCAAGGGGUUUAAGUGAGACUUGUGCCUGUUGGAUUGUCCCACAUUUUUAGACCGCAGCAUUAACAUCUAAUUCCCUUUAAGUCAGUGCGGCCGUAAAUAACCAAACGGAACAGUUAGGUAACCUCCACAUCUACUUUCAAAGUGAUUUUUUUUCUCCUACAGGUUGUUGGAAGGUUGGUUAAAUUAUAUACAGUGGGUAAUUAAGCACACAACCACAGACAGAUUGUGCCUGAAUUAUAUACAGAGCUCUAAACACAGCCUGCCAUAAAAAUCUAAUGGACUUACUGUAAACACGAGGCAAUAGCAGCUGAAGGAACAUGCAGCCUCGUAGUCGCACCACAGACGAGGGGAUUUACCUACAACACAGCAAAAAAAGGCCAAACUGAAAAAUGUCUGGAGGCUUCAAUUAAACGAAAAGAAUUGCAUUGUACCUUCCAAAAGUCAGAUCUUCAAUAGAGGCUUUUAUUAACCAGCUUUAUAAAUUUGCAAAUUGCGAGUAUUAUGAAUUCUCCCUCGUUAAACUUAACUAUAAUUCAGAGGCAUAAGAUGAACGUUCUUACGAUGAAAACUCCACUUCAUGGGAAAUGUGAUGCAAUACGAUUUCAAUACACAAUUUUUCAUCUUGCAACUCAUAAAUAAUACGUUAAUAUAUUCAUAUUUUGUAUUUCUUUCAAAUACUGUAUGUCUCUAAAAACAAUGGUUUUAAGUGCAUUUUUGGAGGGUGAUACUUUUUGUGUAAAUUCUGCCCAUUACUGUUAGAAUGGAUUGUUUCUUAGUAUAUAAAAUGUAGGACUGUAUUUUGUUUCCUAUCAAUCCGUGUACCUCUGUGUAAAGAUGAGCUGAAAGAGGCAGUACUAUGUGUGUACAGACAGCUUCUCUCCAUGUUGCCAAUGUACAGAUUGGCAGCGCUGGACCUUAUUCAUACCAACAGCAGAAAUGUUGAUGCAGUGCAUCUCUGAUGUGAAUACUCGAUAUUUAUUGGACAGUGGUGUGCAUAUUUAUUUAGAUACUUUACUCGAAAAGGAGAUAUUGACUUAUUUAUUUUAAGAAAGAAAAAAAAAAAAACCCAGCUUGUGCCAAAUGUAUUUUCUAACAAAUCCACUAUUCCUAAGUAACUGCUGAAUAAACAUAAUCAGCUUUACAGAAAAAAAACAAAAAAACAAUGCUUAUUUUUCUUUUCAUUGCAUCUCCACCCAAGGUUUUCCUUCUCUGUUCCCGAGGAUCGCAAAAUGAUGGCCGACUGCGUCAUCCCUAAUGAUAAAAUAAUAAACAUGGCUUAAAUAAUGUGCCAAGCCCAAAGAAACUGGUUAAAAGGAAGAGAACAGUUUCCAUGUAGCUCGAGUGAGAUUUUAUAAAGUAGCUCUUCUGAGGUGGUCUUUAGUGUCUGAGUGAAACCAGAUUAGUGAACACCUUCAUUAGUAUGGACAUUACAUCAGCUCAUAAAAUUCCACUUAGACAAUAUGUCUUUUUUUCCCCUAGAUCCUAACUUGAACAAAAGCAAUUGGGAAAAUGUUUGUACAACUACAAGUAGUUCAUCCAUCAGCCGUGAGUUCAUAGAAAAGUAAAACAAAACAAAAAAAAGUAUUACAACAUACUCGUUGUUGAAACAUGCCUGUAAAUCCAAGCAAGGCUUUCUGCAAUAAACAAUUACCAUAGUGAGAAAACUAUGUCUGCUCUGUUGUGUGCUUGCACUAUGCAAGCUAACACAUUUACUUAUCACCAGUAACUACAUGUAGGAGCUCCGGCUAGCAAAUGACAAAACAUGCAUUUGAAAUCCAUGGAAAAUGUGAGUGAAUAACAUCAAGACAAAACUAACUAUAAACAAUUUUGUAUAACAAAUUGCAGGGUGGAAUUUGCCCGAAAAUGGCCCCAACUGUUAAAAGUUUAGACGAAUUUAUCUUCUGUGUUCAUUCCCGCUCCACACAUGAAACCAAUUAUUAACACCUCAAACAGGUCCCCUGGGGUCAUGCCAUACACACACUCAUGAAACCAUUACAACAACUGAACCGCCUUAAAUUCCACAAGGCUCAGUCGCCCACCAUUUAAUCUUGUUUAAUGAGUUAACUACUGAGAAUGUCUUUCACCAUGUUAGAGACUCUUUACUGCACUGGGUGCAGAAAGACUGUAAAGAUAUAGUGGCUGGUGAUGACGAGCAGAUUCACGAGCUGGUUUAAUAGAGUGAUUAACCACAUACUCAAACUAUUUAGCUCGGCUGUAUGUUUAACACAUCAGGUUUACUGCAUAGAAGUAAUAUAAACCCAUUACACUGACCAUUUUCCCACCACACCUGAAGUUUAUUCAUGUCACUGAAUCUUCAUUUUUAGCGUCUUCGUACACGGCUGCAGUUAGCAAAGCUUACAGAGUGAAAGCCUGUAAUGAAAAGUCUAGUUCAGCCACAUCAUUUUGUUCCUGUUGGAAGAUGGAUGGUCAUUACAUAUUUCCUGAGCAUGAACAUAGACCGAUCAGGUAUAACAUUACGAGCAGUGACAGGUGAAGGGAAUAACACUGAUUAUCUCCUCACCUGUUAGUGGGUGGGAUAUAUUAGGGGGCAAGUGAACAUUUUGCCCUCAACAUUGAUGUAUUAGAAGCAGGAAAAAUGGACAAGCGUAAGGAUUUGAGCGAGUUUGACAAGGGCCAAAUUGUGAUGGCUAGACGACUGGAUCAGAGCAUCUCCAAAACUGCAGCUCUUGUGGGGUGUUCCCGGUCUGCAGUGGUCAGUAUCUAUCAAAAGUGGUCCAAGGAAGGAACAGUGAUGAACCGGCGACACGGUUAUGGGCGGCCAAGCCUCAAUGUCGAGCGAAGGCUGGCCCGUGUGAUCCGAUCCAACAGACGAGCUACUGUUGCUCAAACUGCUGAAGAAGUUAAUGCUGGUUCUGAUAGAAAGGUGUCAGAAUACACAGUGCAUGACGGGUCAGGGCUGUUUUGGCAGCAAUAUUAGGCAGGUGGUCAUAAUGUUUUGCCCGUUUGGUGUAUACAGGUGUGCCCAGUGUUCUCAGGAUUUCUUUUUUUUUCAUUUUACAAUAUUACUAAUAGGGAUAAAGAAAAACACUAAAGAUAGGGUGGGGGGAUGAUGGCAGGCACUGGCUUCAAAAACUUAUUCAGGUAUCUGGUUAUAAAGCUGUGCAGGUGCAUACAUACCUACAGGGGUCAAAUUACUGGUCAAACAACCAUACUUUAAUUCUUUUUGGAUGCCAGUAAUAGGAGAAAUACCGUUUUAAAGCUUGACUUGACUUAAUAAUAUAUCUUCAGUGUGGUUUAUCCUCCAUGACUAAGCUAGCAAGGUGGCUAAUAAUACAAACAGGUCAAGACACUCACCUUACCAAUGUACAAAAAAUACAGAUUUUGUGCGUAAGUAUGUGUCUAAGUUGUAGUAAUAAAUGUUAAUAUGUGUAUUUGAAACGUAGUCAUACACAUAAAGUGCGUUUUCUCAAACAAACAAACAAACACACAAACAAACAAAACCCAGAAAUUUCUCAACGGCAAGGUCUCGAGCGUUUCACUCGUGAUUGACGUACAACGCAGCCAAUAGAGUUCCGAGAAAAGAAUCGAGAGGCGGGAUUAAAGCCUAACAUAAUCACCUGGGAAGGCAGCGCGUGAUAGGGAGCCGCAGAGAGCUUCUCACUCAGGUUACAGUAAGAUCAGACAAGUGAGCUUGCUGCGAAUAACUAAACCACAAGAAAAAAAGUGUAGCUACUUUAGUCUACUGAGUGACACCCACUCUGGCAAGUGUCUGGCUCGGUUGGAUCAUUUGG